AAUUAAGUUGUUGUAAAUCUAUACACGUAUGAAAUUAUUGAUUAAUUUAAUCAAAAAAUAGCUAAUUAAAUUUUUUAUAAAACACACUCCAUAUGCUUAUUAGGCCGCCAUUGAUGGGCUUUUAUGGUGUAAAUAAUUAUUAAUAUUGUCUGUUAAACACAAAAUGGUGUUUAAAUUGCAGUUAAAGAGCACUGCUUUAGUGUUAUGUGUAUUAGUAUUAAGUGAUCAGAUUCUGGAGGGACUGUCAUUUCGGGACAGCGAAGGCGGUGAAGGAGACGAUGACUAUGAGGGAGAGUCAACACAUCCAAGAAGAGGAGGAAAAGCGGGAAAGAAAGGGAAAGACAAUCCCAUUGGUUUGCCAAAUGGUGGUAAACUACCCAAGGCCGGCGGUGCUAUCGGUAAUAUUGUUGGCACUGGAGUCCAGACCAUCAAAAAGGGCACAAUGAGUGGUUUGGCUCAAGCACUGGACGAUCGGUUCAUUCAAGUCGAUACGUUGGGUAAUCCUCACGGAGGAGUUCCCGAAGACGUUAUAGGACUCGUACGGCUCUGUGCAAGUCGUGUACUCCGGAGUCUAUAUAAUAGUUUAUCUUUUCAUUCGCUAUCCAUUAAAAAUCUUAUCGAAAGCCAUUUUGUUGACGGGAACUAUUGGCCAUAUCAUCGCAUACGCUAAUUGGUGUCUAAAUCCCC